GCCGUUAUCGGCGUUAACGUGCUGCGUUAACGUGAGACUCUUAUCGCGCGAUAACAAAAGUAUCGACGUUAAUCUAUUCUCAAAAUUGGGUUGGGAGCUGGGUCUAUAUUACGCAAGCUAUGAUGAGUUUCACCUUGAUAUUUUAGCGCGGAUGUAUACUUAGCCGAAUUGCACUCUAGGGGGCGAGAAUGAGUCUUCGAACCUGUGUGUAUGCCUCAUCAAACGUGACGUGCAAACAUGGAUGCAGCAACGAAGCCGCCGGGUUUGCUUCAGGGAAAAUUUAUUUUUAAAAAGCUUCCCAAUGGAAACUUCGACAAGACUAAGGUUGUUUGCACAUUGUGCAAUGCGGAAUUAGUUUACUGUAGGAGUUCUUCCAGUCUCAAGUACCACCUAAACGCAAAGCAUCCCUUUGCUAAUGUGGACGAUGCCGGGCCAAGCACUGAUGUAGCGCAGGUGAAGAGUCGUCGUCGUCAAACUACCAUGUUUGAGUGCAACCGUGGCAAGCCCGUAAGCGCAACUCUUUCAGCCAAGCUAACUACUCUCCUCGCUCAGUGGAUUGCCACCAGCUGCCGACCCAUAAGCGUGGUUGAAGAUGAUGGGCUCGAGCUUGUUCUCCAGGCGGCCACAGGUGACCCAUCUUACAAACUACCUGCGAGGCGAACUAUCAUUAGGAGAAUACAUGACCAGCACGCCGCAGAGAAAGCCGCAAAAGAUGAAAAGAUUGUAGAGGCGAGGUGUGUAGCAUUGACUGGCGACCACUGGACAUCGGUUAACAACGACAACUACCUCGGUGUUACUGUACAUCUCAUCGAUGCCAGCUGGGAACUUCACUCCUUCGCUUUAGGUGUGAUGAAAACAGAGGAGCGUCACUUUGCAGAAGCAUGUGCCAGACAGUUUCUAGAGGUCGCUAAUCAGUGGGGGAUAGCUGACAAAAUCAGCACUAUUGGAACAGACAGUGCUCCUAAUAUGGUGGCAGCAGGGAGGAUACUGCCAUUCGAACAUUUGCCCUGUGUUGCGCAUGUUGUACAGAGAGCUAUUGUAAUGUCACUUCGGGAAGGUGGUUUUGAUGGUGUACUUGCUAAGUGCCGUAAAGUGGUCGGACAUUUCAAACAUAGUCCGGCCAACACAGACGAGCUGAAUGUCCAGCAAGCCUCCCUUGGACAAGUUCAGGAGCCACUCGUGCAAGAUGUUCCAACACGGUGGAAUUCCACCCUCGAGAUGAUCAAACGCCUGAGGCGCAACAGAGACGCACUGCACACGACGCUGUCUCAGCAGAAGCACAAUCUGACCCUCCCAACAGAUGCUGAAUAUGAGAAGUUGGCAAAGCUAGAGAAACUGCUGGAGCCAUGCAGGUACAUCACUGAGCUCCUUGGUGGGGAUAAGUAUGUAUCCUGCUCUGUGGUUCUUCCUGCCCUGUGCCACCUCCAGCACACGAUGAAGAUCUCAGACGAUGAUCCUGACUAUAUUGUGCGAUUCAAGGCUGCCUUUACCAAGGACCUCAACCAGCGGAGGGAGAAAAUAAAUCUGGAAUGGCUUAAGGUGGCGACUGCUCUAGAUCCACGAUUUAAGGACCUCAAGUGCUUGCCCAGAGCAGAGAGGGAGCCAGUGUGGGCAAAGCUAAGUGAGUUGGUGAAGGAAGAAGAACCUGCUUUGCAGCCACUCAGGGAGGAGAACCCUGAGCCACCCAAGAAGAAAACCGCCCUGCUACUGAUAGGAUCAGACUCAGAAUCAGAUGAGGAGACACCAGAAGACAGUACUGUGGAGAGGUACAAGGUAGAGCCCAGUGCCAGUCUAGAUGAGUGUCCACUGAAGUGGUGGUCGGAGCACACUGCUGUCUAUGGUAAGAUGGCCCACAUUGCCCGUAAAUACUUGGGGACUCCUGCCACAACUGUCCCGUGCGAGAGACUUUUUUCUUUAGCAGGCCAUAUUGUGCAGAAGAGGAGAUCUAGUUUGUCACCAGAAAAUGUGAACAAGCUGGUCUGCCUGAGUGACUGGUGGAAAAAGGAGAAAUAGAGCUUGACUGAUUGACACAAAGCUACUGACUGUAAACAGUUCAUCAUGACCUCGUAUGUAGGCCUACUGUUCAAAAUUCAUGUUAAACUGAAUAAACAGUUAGUAAACACAAGUACAUCUUAUUGAACAUGAUUUAUUUUCAUCUUGAGAAACCCAUUCUCAAAGACUUACUUUUAGUCAUUAUUUGGGUAUUACACAUAUUCUGAAUGCCUUUUGCGGAAUUCAAAUGAGUCAUUUUAAUCUAGAUUAAUCUAGAUUAAUUUCAAGAUUACAGUGAGAUUAAUCUAGAUUAAAAAAAUUAAUC